AUGACUUUAUUUACUUACCCCUUUUGCAAUAGAAUAUGUAAGAACUGUUCGUGGAAUUAUUCAUCGUUGAAUAAUGAGAGAAAUGAAUGGGUUAAACGCGAUAUAGCGAGUAGUCCACUUGCACAAUCGAGUGAUCGUGAGGCUCUAUUCCGUUCGAGUGCAAUCAUUCAAAAUUUCAAACGACGAAAGCAGUAUUCUGACUUACCAUCACCGACUUCCUGUCUAAAAUCUAUCGGCAAGAAUAACGGCCUGGAGAAGCGGGUUAAUUUCUAUGAUGAACGGUUUCACCAGCAAGUUUCACCUCAAUUUUCUAAUUCCUCGAGUUACUAUGAACCAUCGCAGUAUAAUUUAUUAAAUGAGAGUUCAAGUACUAUAAACAAGGAACUGUGCGAAUCCAAGCGUAUCUGGAAGAAGAGUGCAUUAAAUAGUCCCGAUGAACCAUUUGAGAAGGCGCUUUCGUUUAGGCGAUCACCAAUUAUUAGGAAGUAUGUUACGAAGAAACUCAAGAACGAUGUGUUACAGAGUACAAGACAGCCUAUCAAAUGCCAAAACAUUGUUGCUUUUCAUGAAAUAACAGCAAUGAGCAGUCCUUUGCAUCCUUUCACUGAAUCGGUGUUGAAGCAGCAGUUAAGAAGGAAGUCAACCAAGUUAAAAUCGCAUCGUAAUCUUUCCUCCGGUUCAUCCUUGGGUACGAACGUCGACGAAGACCUCGAGCAGGUCCUCAAUCGUAUGUCUCUGAAUUCAAGUGUAUGCUCUUCCUCAGCAGUAAACAUCGAAAUAUCUCCGAAGCCUCGGGUAAUGAAACCACGCGACGGAUUCAAGAGGGCAGCUCUCAAACGAAUGCUUAUCUACCCACCUGAGGGUCAAAGGGGUUCACCCUUGACCCUUUUUAAGACCUGGUCGAACAUUGACUGUCAGGUCAGGGGUAGUGCAAGUAAAGGUUUCAGGUACAAAGUAUAUUAUAUCCAAAAGUUCGAAAGCGAUAAGUGGUUUCCAAACGAUAAAACCGGAAAUCCAUUUCGCAAAAAAGACGAUGCUGAUUGCUCGACGGAUUAUGGCUGACGAUAAUCUAUAUUCUAGAAAUUAAAAUUCAAAAAAAGAAUUGAUA